UGUCCAGUCCACUCGGCGGCGGUAAUGCGCUUCUAAACUGGUUUGCCAACCUCCAAUAAACACCAACGAAGAAGAAGCAAACGCGGAGCACCCUAAAGAAGAAGAAGCAGAAGAAGAGAACCCUAAAGAAGAAGAAGAAGCCUCCCUGCUCCCGAGGAAAACAACAAAGUCCCCUGCCGGUGGGAUACUUGUCAUCAUGGCUGUGUUGUGGUGUGAAGUGUGACAGCUAACGCCAAGAUGAUGAACGACAUCAUAGAGGAACCGGAGAAGGACACGCUGCUUGAAGCGCAGCCGGAGCCACAAGUUUUGUCGGGGCCCAGUAGUGGCACAAGACCUAAGACUACUGAUGGAGGCAUCAGGCCUGUGGAGAAAAGAGGACCUUACAUCAUGUCCAGAGCUCCAGCCAUCCACCUCAAACUACAGAAACACAGGGAGAUGGCGAGAAAAGCACUGAAGAAGAAAGCCCUCUCACCAGGACCUCCAGUGAUGCAUCAGCCCAGACAAGGAGCCAAGAGGACAGUGAAGUACAACAAGGGCUACGCUGCUUUGAGUCAGCAUGCUGAGGACACUUUGGUUGCACUGGACUCAGACAGUGAUGAAGAGAUCGAUUUUGAGCAGUAUUCCUCAGGAUACUCUUCAGCUGAGGUCCAUCCCGAUUUAAGCAGGCAGCUGCUUCAGGACGGCUACCGUCUGGAUGAGAUCCCUGAUGACGAGGACCUGGACCUGAUUCCGCCCAAAGCCAUGGGCUCCUCUGUGUGCUGCUGCUCCGAGGGCCCGUCUUGCUCCAUGCAGUGAUGCUGGUGCCGUGACUCAAACCUUACAAAGGCUUGGCUCCAGUUUUAGUCGCUGACUUUUGUCACUGGUGCCUGAGGCCGUCUUUUUAACCCAGCUCCACCGCUGCGCUGCCUGAAGACUUCCAACCCCGAAGCCAAACUCCUGUUCAUGCAGGACUGCAUGCACCGACAUCGCUCACCCCACAAGACAACGUGGAUGGACGUAAGAACAAGCCUUAUCCACUGUGACCCCAAAGCUUGACUAUUUUUUUAUUUUUCUUUUUAUAGAACUACAGGAAGUACUAACUAUGCCACUGCUUCAAAUUGAGUGGGAAAGUAAUUCAUCAUUUGGGAUAUGUCCAUGUUGACCCAGUGGAGAGCUGGUUACUGUCUGGUGAACAGGUCUGCAGGCCUCUAAGCACGACACGCAUACAAGUAUGAUGUAUUGUGUUUGAUGUUCCAGUUGAAUUUUAUUUAUCUUAUUAAUCAACUGUUAUAUGAAGGCGCCUCACUUGACCAUUUACAUUCCUUGACUACUGUUCCAUUAACUGGCUUUGUUUUUUCUUUAGUGUAUCUGUCCUCAGAAAUUACAUUGGAGUUUUAUUCCAAAAUGAAAGGGCCACCACUUGGGGAAAAUAUGACAUUAUUAUUAAUAUUAUUUGAACAAAAAUAACAACCUAAAGUUAUGUUUUAAGUAGAAGAAUGACUUAAAUAGGAUGUGCAGUGUUGCCACUUCAAUUCUUUGUGGCUCAUGUGUGAUGAUAAUUAUUUUUUCUGCCUCUGCUGCAAACUCAAAAACCUUAAUACAAGUAUAGAAGAUAAUCCAAGGCAAGGAUUAUUUUCCACUGGUUCCAUAUGUUCUUCUUUGUGUCUGAGAAUGCAAAGAACUCAUUACAUCUUAGAAGUCGCCAUUGAGAAAACUGCUACAUACAAAGAGGGACUCACUCAUGCAAAAAAUCAUCUUAUCACUGUUAAUAAGAGUAACACGUACUCUUACCAGAUGUUACACAACUAUACACGGAACAAGCUGUCCACAGAUGAGUUACUGAAGUACUUUGAUGGAACCACGGAUAUUUGUUUAGAUUGGACUUCACAGUCUCUGUGUUGUAUAAAUAAGUUUCCAGAAACCGAUGUCACCUUUUAACACGCUGCUACAAAAAGAUUGUUGGCAUAAAAACGAAAUAUAUUACAGAUUCCUGUAUAAUUCAUCCUGUCAUCUUAAAAUGUUUGGUUAUGUGGUUAGAUAUGUGUAUGUUUAAAUUCUCUCUUUUUUAAAAAAUAUGUAUAUGCUUUAGAAAACAAUUUGACACAGAUGGGGAGAAUUUAAAAAUAGGUUACUUUAUUAUUAUUAUUGUCUUUUUUUUUUUUUUUGCCAAAAUUGAUAUGUAGCCUCUUAGAUUAAAACUUUAUCCAGGAUCUGAUGUAACUCUUAAAAAGGUUGUGUCAUCUUUAACACAUCAGAGUGUGUGUGUACAGCAGAUCAGAGUUACAUUAUUUUAUUUAUUUAUUUUUUAUACAUGUUGGGGACACUAAAAUAGUUGUUACAGGUUAAAAACAGUAAACCAGAUUUGCAUUAGAAUUGAGGUAGUCAGCUACCCAUGUUAGCUGUUAGGCUUUUGAGAUGUCACACUAUAUUUACACAUCAGUUCAUACUCUUUUCUAUUUGUGUUACUGUGUGUCUGUUUCUUACACAAUAGACACAGGGAUGUGCCGAAAAUGGCAAUUGUUAAUAUAUGAAAAAACAAAUAUAUUUUUUUUCACUUUAAAAAAAAAAAAGAAAAAAAAAGCAUCUGUUCACUCAUGUUACAAGCCCGGGUCAUAUUUUACUAUUAAUGAUUGGUGUUUAUUUUGAAACGUGCAUUAACAAAAAAUGUUUAAUAUCAGAGCAAGUGACAGCAAUCACUUUCUCAGGAGAUUUUUCUGUGUAUGUGUGGGUGUGCAACUACAAAGUAAUUUGCCUUUCUUUCACAUACAUUUGUCAAAUGAAAAAAGUUAAGUGCAUAGAGGUUUUACGUCAGGAUAUAUGUGUGGCCACUGUUGUACCUAACCUGUAGGCCACACUGUUAUUUCUCAUGCUGUGAUGUUGGUUGUUACAAGGUGUAACUCUUAGUCAUAUAAAUAAAUGGUGUAGCAGACCACUUGACCACCAUAAAGAGGUUGAGGAUUGGCGAGAGUAUGACAUUUUGUACUAGAAAAAGUAGACACCUUGAUUUGUCCUCUACAGAGUUGGGAUAAAUUCACAAAUUCAAAAGUGGAUUUUGUUAAAACCCUUGCAAUGAAAAUGCUUGUUGCUGAAAAUGUUAAAUUUUUAACAUAAGCAAUGGGCACUAUCUGGAUGAUGUAGGAAUAAAAGCUGAUUCUACUAUUAGACUAAGUGGGAGUCACUUGAUACAAGUGUGAACUAAAUGCUCUAAGGGUAACAGCUGAAUUUAAAGUGUAUCAACCCCGGCCCUGGAUCUGCACAAUGUUUUUAUGUACAGAAAUAUUGCACUUAACACCAGUGGUCAGUAGCAAGUACACUUGACCCACCUGUACUAUGCAACAAUUGGGACAAUCUGCUUGUUAUAACAUUGUGACAAUAUAGAGUUACUGAGUGCUAAAUGCAAUAACUGAAAUUGUUAUUUUAUGAUGGCAAACACUAAUGUUUUUUAUUUGAUUGUACUGUGUAUUGGUUUACAUUACUAAAUAAAACUCAGUUAUCUAUA